AGUCUGGAGAAGCUUGCUGUGAUCGCGCAGCAGAGCGUGCACCCGAGGGUCGCGUGCUUAUCUUGGGAGUGAAUAAAUAGCUGUUGUUGUUUUUUUUUUCUUGUUUGUUUUUACACUUUAAAAAGGAUUAAAUCAUAAGAAGGGAGCUGACAGGCGAGGAGAUCUCCCCCGUGAGAAAGAAGGAAAAAGAAGGAGAGGACGCGUCUCCCUCCAUCGUUUCCUUCCGUGUUUGAUUUGUUGAUCCCACAGCAUGGACAGUUUUUACGAUCAGCAAGUUCCUUUUGUGGUGCCGUCCAAUAAAUGCCAUGCCAAGGAGCUACCAUGCAAGCCACUGAGUGAUAGGAAGAGGAAGUUCAUGGAUCGUGAGCUCGCACAGGACACUGAAGAGCUGUUUCAGGACCUCAGUAGGCUGCAAGAAAUAUGGAUAGCUGAAGCCCAAGUACCUGACGACGAACAGUUUGUUCCAGAUUUCCAGGACAGCUUGAUGUUCCAUGGCCAACCUCAAGCCAAAGUGAAGAGGGAAGUCAGUCCGAGCAGAAACUUUUCCCCCUGUGGACAAGAGCAGAGACUCUCGCCAUAUGGAGAGAAGUGCCUUUACAACAACUUUACAAGUGCCUAUGAACAGAAGCCGUUUGGAUUCAGCAAACCCUCAGCAUCGCCCCCUACCCCUGUAUCACCUUGCAACUCCUCCCAUAAUCCAGGGGCACAUGCCCUGCAAAAGAGAGUCACACCUCCAGUCCAUACUCAGACACGUGGGCUACCAGCUGUCACUGGCCACACUCAUCAGAGAAUACACAGCACAGUUCACAGCCAAAGUCCACCUUUUGCAGUGCCCCGUCCACCUGUGGGUCACCCAGAUAUCUCUUAUGCAGAUCACAGAUUCCACAGACAGCUCUCAGAGCCAUGUCUGCCCUUCCCACAGCCCGAAGCCUGCACUGGGACUCCAUACCCACCACAAAAUGGCAACCUAUAUCCCCGGGACAAUCGGCCACACUACCACCGCCAAAUGUCUGAGCCGGUGAUCCCGCUUCCUCCACGGGGGUUUAAGCAAGAGAUGGUGGAUCCCCGGUACCCUGAACAGGGUGCCUCUAAUGUUGCAGCCAGUCGUGUUCCAUCGUUCCAUCAUAUGUCCAUCAAACAGGAGCCCAGAGAAUUUGGCAUAGACUCUGAAAUUCAGAGCUGCCAGUCAUCCUUUGGGAAGUCAUCAAACUUCUAUCAGGCUAACAGUGAAGGGUUCAUGUAUGACGGAGAGCCUCACCUCUAUUACGAAGACGCUUGUGUGGUGCCUGAGCGGCUCGACGGAAAGUGCAAACAGGAGGGAGUGGGCUUCAGGGACGGGCCUCCGUACCAGAGGCGGGGCUCCCUGCAGCUCUGGCAAUUUCUGGUCACGCUACUGGACGAUCCAUCCAACAGCCAUUUUAUUGCAUGGACCGGGCGUGGGCUUGAGUUUAAACUCAUUGAGCCAGAAGAGGUGGCCAGGCGGUGGGGAAUCCAGAAGAACAGGCCUGCCAUGAACUAUGACAAGCUAAGCCGAUCUCUCCGCUACUAUUAUGAGAAGGGCAUUAUGCAGAAGGUAAAGGUGGCAGGUGAGCGGUAUGUGUACAAGUUUGUAUGCGACCCAGAAGCUCUCUUUUCCAUGGCCUUCCCUGAUAACCAAAGGCCAAGCCUAAAAGUCGACCCUGAUGGCAUGCAGGUCCCUGAGGAUGACACAGUCCCUCUGUCCCACUACGAUGAAGCCAGCAGAGCCUCCUAUGUUGAUGGCAGGGAUCAGUGCUUGUCUUAUCCUGACGGCUACGCUUACUGAACUGUUUUAAUCUCGGUUUGGACUCCAGAGUCCCCUUUGCCUGAUGAGCAGGUCCAUACAACUCCACAUCCACAUGCAUGGUGAUUUCCUCCUGCUACAAAAAUCGCAAUUAUUUACAUGUACAUGUAUACUAUACAUGCUUGUAUCAUUUUUUUUUUUUUUUUUUUUUUUUUUUUAACCCAACUUUCGUUUCUUUCUUCAGUUCAUUUGAACUCCUUUCACCAAGCAUGCACAUUCUCUACUGUAAUACACACUUUUUUUAAAAAAAGUAAUUUGACACUAAAAACGCUGUAUUUUUAAACCUACUUCAGGUUUACAAUGUAUAAAUCUCUAAGUGACUAUCCUAAGAUGGCUUUUGUGCACUGUUUCUUAUGUAGAACCUGCUGUGUACUUUUCAGCGCUGUGCUUAAGUGAGAUUUCUAAAACUAUGGCAUCUUUCAUGCUGAAUUUAUUAAAGUAUGUAACUUGAUUGAAUGAAAGGUUUGCAUAUAAUUCCAGCCACGCGAAUGCACAGGCUUUAUACUGUAUGAAAAUACGCAAGGGUUUCUGCUUUUGUAGAAAUACUGAAAGAGUAAAGUCUAUGUAUAAUUAUAUAAGUAUAUUUUUGCAACGUCUGCAUUUGUUUUGACUGUUGUAAAAGCUAUAUACCAGACAUUUCUUGCUCUAAUAUCUGUUUAGUUUACAUAGUGGAACCUUAAGCUGUGUCUAAACAGGUAUUCUAAGGGUUUAUCUUUUUUAAAACUUAGUAUCUGAGGGAUUUGAAUUCCUGCAUUAAAAAAAAAAAAAACUUGUCUGAAUAGACAAAUGUGGAUUUAUGAGAAAAUGUAUCAGACAAUCUAAUAUUUUAAGCAUCGUAGUAGCUGUUUAAAGGUAGCCCAGGGUUUAGUUUUGUCCUUAAGCUCAUGUUACAGAGACGUUCCAGUAAAUGCUGAGCCAUAGAUCCUUGUACUUGUAAUGUCAUAACUUAGCAAUGGGUUUUAUUCAGCAGUAAUCAGAACCUCACCUCUGUAACAUGGGAUUUAUGGGUAACCUUUACAUCUACUAUUAAGCUUUAUAAUCUGUACUGGGUACAAUAAACACUUUUCUGCUUCA